AUGCAAGGAAAUACUAACCUGCUUCUGCUGAUCGUGCAAGCUGUAGUGCUGGCGUCGGCUGCGUCUCCUUCCACUGCUUGCGACGCUGCCUUCACCAUCUUCAACGCGACCCAAGCGUACAACUGUCUGAGAAGCGUCCCCUUCCAUCCUGAAGUUGCCAGUCGUCUCCUCAAGUAUCUCAACGACACGAUUCAGUUUCAUAGUCCCCUUGCCUACCUUGCCAACCCGCCGCCUACCUACCAGCAGCCAGCGGUCGAUCUCGUGGCCGGUAUAUCUCGGAUCCAGAGCAGUAUCGACAAUGGGGUCUUCCAGAAUGAGUAUGCGUUUGAAGCCGCGCUUAAACAACUGCUUAAUGCUGCCCAUGAUGACCAUCUUGGUAUGAGUGGGGGCAUCCUGUCAGCCUUUGCCUUUGGUUCCCCAUAUGAUCUUGUAUCUGUGUCGCUGGACGGGAUUGAGCUGCCCAAGGUGUACAUCGCGGGUGAACUGCUCGCCAAUGAGACAACGGGACUACCAUGGCAACCAUCGGCCAUUGCCACCAUAAACGGCGAGGAGGCUGUCAAGUAUCUCACAGGGUUUGCGGCACGAAAUUCUGUAGGGAAACUCGAGCCUCAUGCAGAUUGGAACAUGUUGAUGCGGAGUGGCGCAUUAGAUGCCCAGGGAUACCUGGAGGUCUUCUAUGGAGGUGUUUCAUUCUACCCAGGCGACACAAUCACCAUCACCUUUGAGAACGGCACAGUGCGCGAUCCCGUCCCGUGGCAGGCUAUGUAUCUUAGCCCAGGGUACACUGGACCGGUACAGACUGGAGGUGACAUUUAUAACUUCUUUGUCUUGGGUCUUUAUCCGGCAUCGUAUGAGGAAGCUUUGCAGCAGUUAUCCUCACAGCAACCCCCAGAGACUACUUCGACAGCAGCCCCGGAUCCUCCCACAUGGGACAGAGCAUAUCCGUCCGAGGCUGAUGUCAGCCAGCAAGGCACUUCCAUCAGUGAUAACGGUCUGCUGAGAGGGUACUUUUUGACGGCGCCCUCGUUGGCUGUUCUCAGCAUCCCCCAUUUUGCCUCAUACGGCGAAGUUGAUGCAGCGGCCUUCGUCCAGACAGUCAAGGAGUUCCUCAAACGCAGCAAGGAGGCGGGUCUGAAGCGGAUAGUCAUCGACGUGCAGCAAAACAUGGGUGGACAGCCCUUGCUGGCCAUUGAGAUCUUCAAAUUGUUCUUCCCUUCCAUCCCCCCGUUCGCAGGAAGCCGUAGGCGGGUUCAUCCAAUGGGUGCGGCUCUGGGUGCGGCUCUGACACCCUACUGGGAGACGCUCACACCCAAUCAGAGCCUCUAUUACCAUCUCCUCACCAACGAAUGGGUGUUGACCAGUCGGUUGGACGCAGACACGGGCCGUGAGUUCACGUCAUGGGAGGAAUACUUCCGUCCAGCAGCCUCGUAUCACGGAGACGACUAUUCCAAGACGGAGCUAUACAACCUUACAAGCACAGUAUUCACCGAAGAGGCAGCAAGCAUCACUAUUGAAGACAUAGACGAGCCACAGCCCUAUCCUGCGGAGGACAUAAUCAUACUUAGUGAUGGCCUCUGCUCGUCUGCCUGUGCCCUCUUUAUGGAGCUGAUGCACCACGAAGCCAAAGUGCGCACUGUUGUAGCAGGCGGCCGCCCAAAUUAUACCCCCAUGCAGGCCCCCAGUGGAACGCGUGGGGCAGCAUUAUACGGGACAGACAAGAUGGAUCGGGACAUCCACCGUGCACGGCAAGUGGACAAUUCCACUCGCAGAGUCCUCCCAACCCGGGGAAUUGAUUUCUUUAUGUCCAGCGCUAGUGUCAAUCUGCGAGACCAGAUCCGUCGCAAUAGCAGUGACAUCCCGCUUCAAUUCCUUUAUGAAGCAGCCGACUGCAGGAUCUUCUUUACACCCAAGACCUGGUACAAUUAUACCAAUCUCUGGACGUAUGCGGCUGAGGCAGCAUGGCACAAUCCUGCGCUCUGCGUCGCGACGUCAAACUCGACAGCCAGCUCUAGCUCCGACUCCAAUGCUACCGCACCAUUCCAGGUUGAUGUUAAUGACAAUGACCCAAUCCCCAGCCCACAUGACUACCACGCUAUCGACGACCCAUCAAACGAUAUCCAUGACAAAGGUAUCCCGGCCGGAAGUUUGAGAGGAACAAAAUGCGAGUCAGGCAAUUUUUGCCCUGGUCCACUCGUCUGCGCGAAAAUCGAGGUAUGCCAGAAGGGAGAGGUAGUUAAAAAGGAGCGUUGUGUCCCGUCCUGCUCCAAAUCGUACAACUACCAAACCUGUGGUUCCGACUCGUUCUGUUUCACUGAAGAACAUGGAGCGACAUUUACGGUGAAAGAUCGGCCGGACGUGAGACGCAAGAACUGGAUUUCCUUGGGGUACUGUUUGCCCAUAUCUCCACCCAGGUGCACCUGCAAUGAGGAUUAUGAUCCCGAUGAGGAUACAUGCUUUGACGAGCUGGACCCGAACAGAUAUGCGCUUGACUGUUUCGGAUACGACCUUUAUCUCUAUAGGUGCCAUGUCUACGAUCUGUCGAGGGGCCGCUGGGUCGAUGAACCCGAGCUCCAAGUCCCUCGCUACUGCUCAAGGACGUAUCUUAAGCGCUGGUGGGAACAGGACAAAGUGUCUUCAAGCUGUUAUGAAAAUACAAAAUGGGCAAGUCGUGUCUGUGGCGUAGGAACGGACUGGCCCAUUGUUUAUCUGCACCAUAACGAGGAAGAGCAUUAUUUCCGCAAUCCUGAAACCGGCGAGCCCUGGUACCGAUAG